UCCCCUUGUGUGUCGCUGGCUCGCUCGGGGCGGGGAGCGGGGAGCGGGGCCGGCCGGCGCCAUGGAGGAGCUGAGCAGCGUGGGCGAGCAGGUCUUCGCGGCCGAGUGCAUCCUGAGCAAGCGGCUCCGCAAGGGCAAGCUGGAGUAUCUGGUGAAGUGGCGAGGCUGGUCCUCCAAACACAACAGCUGGGAACCUGAAGAGAAUAUUCUUGAUCCAAGACUGCUCCUUGCCUUCCAAAAGAAGGAACAUGAGAAAGAGGUGCAGAAUCGGAAGAGGGGCAAACGACCCAGAGGCAGGCCCAGGAAACAUGUGGAACCAGAGGUGCCUCCAAAAAUCAAGUCAAGUAGCUCCUCAUCCUCCACGUCUUCAUCUUCUUCCUCCUCUGAUGAAGAGGAUGAGAGUGACCUGGAGGCAAAGAGAGGUCCCCGGUGCAGAGAGACUCACCCAGUGCCACAGAAGAAAGCUCAGAUUCUGGUUGCAAAGCCGGAAAUAAAAGACCCUGUCAGGAAGAAGCGUGGGCGGAAACCUCUGCCUCCGGAGCAGAAGGCAGCCAGAAGGACCAUGAACCUGGCAAAGGUGCUGAAAACAACCCGAAAGGAGAUGGGUGGAGGUUCUAAACUGAUGGGGAAAUUGCAGCCCCAACACAAUGCUCAGGCCUCAGGUAUUGCUGUGCUUAAAUCGAAUGUGAAAGAGCCCCAAAGUGCACUGAGUGGGCUUGGUUCAGGGGGCUUAUCUGCUGAGAACCUGCCCAAUAUACUGAAGGGCCCCUCUGGGAGCCCAAGCCAUGGGAUCAGCUGGCAGAGUUCUAUCGUGCACUACAUGAACAGGAUGUCCCAAAACCAGAGCUCGGCAGAGGCCCCAGCCCCAGGGAGGCUGGCACUCAAGUCACAGGCAUCCACCAAGAGUAGCCUAGGACUGGACUUAAAAAUGAGAAACCAGAAAGGAGCUGGGGAGCCUGGGUUGAAUGUGCAAGGAUCCAAAGCAGCCAAGGCACUCGGCAGUGGUGCUGGAGGGGAUCAGAAAUCAGGCUUCACUGCUGGGGCUCAGACCCUGCCCAACGGCAGCAAGGCAUCUGUGAAUUCGCCUGCCCCAGGAAGCCAGCUGACUUCCAAUCAGGAGCUGAACCUUCAAGCUUUAAACUUACAGAGUAUCAAAAAUGGGCCGAAUUCAGCAGGUGGCAGCAGCCUCCCUCGGCAUGUCUGUGGAACUGUGGCCAAAAGUGCUGGCGCCGCAGCUGUGAAUGUGGGGGCAGCCGCUGCCAAGGGCAGCGGGGUGGGCACAGUGCUGAAUGCACAAAACACUGGGCUGCCGCCAGGCGUGGACACCUGCAAAAAUGAGAAACCAAUGCAAAGAGCAGCUGCUGGGGAAAGAGACGUGACAAAAAGUGGUGCCCCAUGUGCGCAAGAGGGGCACCCCACAACAGAGAACCACAAGCCGGCAGCCCUGUCUGAAAUGAGCACCGGCGAAGAGGAGACCAGCUCCGAUUCCGAUCGGGAUUCUGCCUCGUUUCCUGGUAUGGGCCAGAACAUGUCAGUCUCCAUCCAGACCAGCCAGGACUGGAAACCCACCCGCAGCCUGAUCGAACACGUCUUUGUCACAGACGUGACAGCCAACCUGAUUACAGUGACCGUCAAGGAGUCUCCCACCAGUGUUGGGUUUUUCAAUCUUAGACAUUACUGAACCAGGAGGUACGAGGUGGGGGGGAUGGGUUCCCAUAGUCCCUUCUGAUGCCUCUUUCCCAUUGGCUUUACCUGAUUGUUUCAUUGGGUUUUUCUUCAAGUGAAUGCCAGAUGGCAAUGAGAUUUGGGGAGGCAAAAAUCAGGUGUCCCUGCCCCUAUAAGCAAUUGGCUAUUAAACGUCACCCCGGCUUCCCCCAACAAAGUGUUCUGCCAUUGCCGGUCAGCAAUGUUCUUGGUGGUUCAUUGUAUCUGUGGAGGCUUCCUGGAGCCAAUAGAGAUUUUCUCUGAGGGCUGUGAGGAGUAGGAUACAGUGAAACCUGUUAAGAGCUACCAAAGGGCAUUCUGUUUUUCUGACCAGAUGGCACCAGAGUAAGGCUAAUGCAGUGGUUCUCUGGUGGGGAUUAAGGCUGGCUGCUGAAAAGUGCUUAGCAAGUGACUGGUAAGCCAGGUUUCUCUAUGGUUGGAUUUCUUUGCUGUACAACUUGAAAUGUCAGAACACCAGGUACCUGCAAUACCAGAACAUGCAAGUACCUGGACAGUUGGGGAGAGGGCUAUGGGAUCAUGCAAUGUAACAGGCUAAAGCUUUUCCUUAAGAAAAAGUGAGGGUUUUUUUUGGGGGGGGGUUCCUUCUAGGCAUUAGCACAAGCUCCUGGGACAGUCAAACUCAAUCCAAAUCAGACAGCCAACUUCUGCAGUGUUCCGCAUGCUGCAGGGUUGGGGGUUGCCUGUAGAUGUGGGGGUUUUCAGGGGACAUUAGUUUAAGCCCAGCUACCCUCCUGGGCUAGGUUGCUCUGAGCGAUGAGCAUGAAGUGACUGCUAGUUCUCUUGUGAUGUUUUGCAAAUGAAAUGGAAAUAUUGUUUACAUUUUUAUACAAAAUCCUCCCUUGUUCAGAAGGAAGGUGGGGGCAAGAGGGCAUCAGACUAAAACUGUUGCUGCUGCUGGCAAACCCAGACCUGCUGUAGUGGGAAUGGGCGGCACAGCCUGCAUUCACACCACAUCUGGCCCGUUUGGGGUGCACAGCUUGAGCUGGCGGCUGAUCAGCAGUGUGAGCGGCUGCUGUGAAUUUCUCUGUGUGCGUGAAAGAAGAGAAGUCAGGGAUGAGAACCAGUCUGGACGAUUUAGUGCUCUCCAAAUCCAGGCCUUCUCCUUGUCCCAGUAUCAUCAACACUUCACCUUGCAUCCAUCAGCCACUAGUCCUGGCGGAGCUUCUGCAGACACCCCCACGCAGCAUGUUUGGGAGCAUUAAAUCGCAUGGUACAUGCAAAUACUUGUGGCAGGAUUUAACUUGCUGCAUGCACAUGUCCUUCAGGCCUGUGUGUAGGUUUUGCAGCCUUGGGCCUAAAGCCACGUGCUACUUGGAGACCCGCUGUGAAGCUCAAGCACAAUUGGAGAAAACUUUUCUCCUAGGUGUGAGGUUUGUAGGUGCCAUGAGGCAUGGCAGAGCAGGCAGCUUGAGGCUCUGACUUGCCAUUAGCCUUGUCUUGAUGCUACCACUAGGAAUGAGUGAGGGUUAAAACACAGCAUUUGUGGGAUCCGAAUUCCUGCCGAGCUCCUGAUGCCAGCAAGCUUUAUGAGCACUGUGGAGGCAGCGCAUGCGAGGCUCACGCUGGGUGCUGCCAAGUGCCUUCAAUUCACAUGGAUUUCAGUGGAAACCGAGGGUGCUCAAAACCUCCUAGGGUAGGACCCAAUGUGGCUGGGGUGAGGACAGCGCUCACCUCACAGCCCCUCAAGCAGCAGUUCCCCACGGACAGCAUUUGGCAGGUUCUGGAUGGAGCCUCCUUCAGGCAGACAAGGAGACUCUUGGCGAACUCUUUGAAUGCAGCCUUUGUGAUUGUAGUGAUCUGGAACUCUCCUGGGUGUGUGGCAGGGGCAGCCUGGUACCUUCACAUGCUAUAAGAACAUGCCUACAAAAGGCAGCCCUUGAAAGAUCUAUGCAGCAGGGUGGCCGAUGACUGUCUGGGCUGGCGGGUCAGUGUGUUUAGGUGCCGCUUCAAAGUGGAUGGGUUCACCUACUGCAUCCCUGCCCCAGUGACAUGCAUCUUACUCAGCCACAGUCUGGAGCACCUGCAAUGGGCUACUAAAGGGAUGCUGUCAACUCCUAAAGAGCCAAAGGCUGCAGCUCCACUAGGUGAAUAUAGGCGCACACAUAUUUCUUCAAUUCUGUUUUACUGCUCUGAUGUGGUCAGGCAUUUAAAAUGCUAGUUCCUUUGGGCCUGGGCUGGCUGCUAUGCUGGUCUCUCAGGUGGGUAGUGAACGUCAGGGAGGUUUGAUAAUCUAUUGCUGUUGGUACUGCGGUGUCUGGGUUGCUUGCUAGGGAAGGUUCCACUGGAUUUUGUAUUUAAUUCAUAAACCUUAAUUGGUUUAGGUUUCGUUUUUAACAAACGUAAGCUUGGGUCCAAUUUGAGUUGACAAGCCCUUAAUCUUAUGCAAUGGCUCCUGCCUUGAACAUAACCCUGGUGGAUUAGUCUCCUCAAGUGCGUGGGACAAGAGGUCAUGUGGGUCAGACCAGUUUUCUCGGCAGGAGGGUUUGUAAGGAGAGUUGGCUUUGGAGCUCCCUGGUGCCAAAAAGUAACGUCUGUUAUUCAGUUGACCUCAUAAUUCAAAUGCAGCCAAACCAACUACUAUGACUUUGAGAACUUCAAAUUAGCUUGUGGAUUCAGAAGUUUUUGCCCCUGUGGUGGCCUUUACCAUGUGUUCUGAAGCCCCAGACAUGGGAAUGCUGGAAGUUCCUUUCCUUCAGUAAUGAGCAAGGGGGGUCUGGAUAUCUUAAAGGCUGUGUCUGGCUGUCUUUCCCACACACCAAAUAUUUACUACUUGGCCUUUGCAAAUCCAGACUAAAGUAACUUACAAUGUGCCUUCUGGAAUGUUCUGUCCCAGCCUUGCCCAUGGUAAAGAUUCUGACAGCUGUCUCGCCCUUAUGCAAAGCUGGGUUAAUCCAGGGUCCUGUGAAAAGCAAGGACAUGGGUGAGGGGCAGGGGAGAAGACCCUUCCUCCUCAGCAGGGUGGCACCCAGCAUUUAUGUGGACCUCCAGUUACACCUGCUUUGGUGAUGGUAGCAGCUGGUGUGUAUCCAAAGGGAACUGCACCCUCUUUUCUGAGGUUGGCAUCUGAACACGGAGAGGAAAGAAGCUGCUUCCAACGGAUGAACCGAUAAAUCCUUAGAAUAAGGCUGGUGAUGGAUUUGUGUAAACAACCUCCUGGGAUGGCCAUUGAAAAAUGGCAUUUGAUGCUGGUCUGGGGAGGGGCCAGUUGAUAAGACGAUAGAAAACUGCUUCUCCAUCCCUACUCCUAUAGUGUCAGUGCCUGUGUUUGUACUUUGGGGCAUCAAGAGGGUUGCACUGGUGUAGAUCAGGGCUUGGACUGGAGUGACUCAUGGUGGGUACUGGUUUGCACAGGUGCUGCAUGCCUACCUUUGUUUACAACCAGUGCAAACCACUAUCUGUGUACUUACGGUGCAAAGUUCUCCAGCCUAGACAAGCUCUACCUAAGAUGUCCCUGUUCAGAAUUCCAGUUCUAAAUUAAAUUGUAUUUCACAUUUGGUGGCUUGGUCCCACUCAAAGGCAUUCUUGCUUUCAGAGUCUGGGUGAUGUUUUCUUGGGAUUCUUGACUUUUGCCCUGGAAACUUGUAAUACAAAUGUAAACUGGCUUUUUUUCAGCACCAGCCACUUAUAAAACUGGGUUUCCCCCCCCCCUCCUGUAAUGGUGGGAACCUGCUUUGCCAAUGCUAACAUUGUGCCUUUCUGUUAACCAGCUGUUUCAAUCCCAAAGUUAUAAAGACUGUGAAAGUGAUAAUCUGGAAACUCCUUACUUUCAUCUCAUUCUUCCUUCCCCCUUUAAUCUGGCAUUAAAUGUGUUGAGUCCCCUUGAGAGAGAGAGAGAGUGUGUGUGUGUGUGUGAAAGUUUAACUUUGAAAUCAGCCUCUCAAAGGCAAAUUGUGUGUUUUAAUUUAAUCUUUUGUGGACUGAAGUUUAAAAAGCUGGUGCUAAUUGUGUUUACCACUAAAAUUAGUCUUCAGAGUCUACCUUUUUUUAAAAAUUGCUGCUAUGAGUUUGUGUUUUAGUUGCAUGUCAAACAACCAAUUAAAGGUUUGUCACUAUUUUUAGUCUUAAGGGGGUUCCCAAGGAAAUAGUACUGCAGUAUUUGUAUAUUGAAUCAGUAUUUUAUCCUGGCAUAAUCUGGUGAAGUAUAGGGGUUUUUCAUUGGACUGGAAAAAGUGGACAAUUCAGUCAUCUUCCUUAGGAGUUUAGUAUAUUUUUAUAUAUAUAUUUUGUACCAAAAAACUGGAGUUCUUGGGAGCUGCUUCUUUUUUGUUUUGCUUCUGAGACUGAUAUAGAUGUGAAGGACUCUAGACCUAAAAAGAAGAGGUUUUACUAAAAGAAACUGAGGAGGUGUGUGUGUGAAAACAAUUGUUCUUGUAACCGUGCCAAUUACUGCCUGGUUUGCAUUUAUUAUUUUUUAUUAUUAAAAAAGCCAAAUCAUUCCUGUAUGCCACUUCUGAUUGCUUUAAACUACAGCAAUUUGUUUGCUCUUUAGAGAACAAGCAUUGGAUAUGUUAUUACCUGGGGAAUGCUUGAGUUUUUUGUUGGAAACGAGACAGCAGCCCAGCCCGCAUGUUAAAUAAGGGCUGCCCACCUGAAGACAGGGCCUGCCCAUUGAGCUUGCAGUGUGUUCCCGUCAGUGGUUGGGGUUCCUUUGGUGACCCUAGAGUUGGCUUCCUUGCAUUUUGUGAUGUUUUCUAGUAUUUUUGGACACUAAUGCUAGUGUAGACUCCAGAUCUCUAGGCUGCUUUUAAUUUAUUUUGCAGGAAAACACUACAAGUUGGUGACUGUCUCACAACCUUUUUCAGACAUUAAGCUUCAUGGCACAGCUGAGACACAUCGUAUUAUAUGGACCUUUCCCUGUCCAGGUUACAGACGGAGUCAGUCGCAGACUAGGACUAGAACACAAGAAUUGGAAUUCAGUCGCCUUGCUCCAACUUCUCCCAGGCAAAUCCCCUGGACUUAGCUAAGCAUUAUACCCUGUAGCUUUCUUUAGUGGGGAACAUACCACCUUGAUUAGGAUGUGGAGAAAGUGUGACAGCUACCUCAGAUAAGGAGUUCUGCAAAGAGAGGGAAGGGGAAAAUCAGCUUUCCUGUAGCUUAGCUGUCCCUGUAUCCCUGUUAGGUCACUGGCACUAGAGGUGAUGUUCUGUGGGGAAGGGCUGUAGCAGGAAAAGGAACCUGCAGCCGCAUGUGCCAAAGCACCUUCCACCACCCUCCCACUCAUGUUGCAUCAUCCCCAAUGCAGCUGGGGCUAAACUGUAGAGCUGCUCUAAGAUGUCCCAGCCCUUGCUGGAGUUCAAGGGGAGGGGCCCACAGAGGUUGGCUUGGCAUCCUGCACAACAGAAGGUAUCAGUGACACGUGCUUUGUAAACCCAAGGAGGGGGGCAAGUGAGGCUCUAACCAAUGUGCAGCUUUACAUCCUUUUAUCAGCAUUUUUAGCCCCAGGAGUAUGGCCUUUGCUACGCCGUGAAUUCCGGGGGAAAGGCCAGUCUCCCCUCAGUUAUUCAGCAUGUGGAAUGCACAAGAGGAGGCGUCUUUGUCCAAGAUUUUGGGCCAGGGUUUGACUCGGCAACGCAGGAAGGAAACCGUCCCAGUCGCUCCCGUUUUGGACACUCUGGCCCGCAGCGUCCAGAGGAGGAAAGACCCGGGGCCCACCCCGAGCUGGCUGCAGGCUGCGAGUCAGGCCUGGUUGGAACCCUUUGCAGGUGACCUGAGCACUCCGGCACGACCAGGCCCCCCUCUCGUUCUCUGCCCCCGGGCACCUCCCCUGCCCAAAUCUAUCCCCUCCCCAAGGGCCCAGCGACCACUUCCCAGGCCAGUAAACGGCUCUGAAAGGCGAGUCUCCUGCUGGGACCUCCGGGAGAAAAGCCGCAUUGUGCGGCCCUCCCCGCCUCGCACCACUGUUCUGCGCCCACAUGCUGACAGCUACAAUAAUAAAGCUUUUCGCUCCUUUCACUCGGCGGAGCAGCAAAGGGAGGUUAAUGAGGACACAGCUAAAAGCCCAGCCCAGCCCCUGCUUUUCUCUGGCUCCGCAGGACAGGAAGAUUUGAAUACAAAGGACAGAUUUCUGGGCGCCCCGCGGGGAGCUCGCAGGGGAGGUUUUCAGUCUCUCUUGUGCGUUCCGGGACCCAGGCUUGGGACGCUCAAAGCCAGGCCCCAUCCCCCGCGAAAGAGAGGGGGAGGGGAGCCUGGGAUACAGACCGGGCAAAUCGGCAGGCUGCGCCCUGUAUCAGUGCCCUGGCAAAGGGGGGGGGCUGCUGAGCCCCGCACAGGGGCCCGGGAGGCGUCCAUGGGCUUGUUUGCACAGUCAGCUUUCCGUGUGCCAGCCGCUUGAUGCCCUCCGCCCUGCAGGAGCCCUGUGCGCCGGGCUCCCAGCGCGUACUGAGCGCGAACCCCCGCUGCCCUGGGCCUGGAUUGCCUGCGAGGGGCUGGAGAGGAGCCGCCACCCCUUGAGCCCCGAAAGCCACCCUGGAAAGGCGUUUGCCUGGGCUGGCCCCCACCGAGCCAGGCCCUUUGGCUGCCUUCCCCGGCGGGGUUACAGGCACCCAGCGAGGCAGAGCAGUGCCUGCCAGGCGCCCAGUGCGGUGCUGGUUAGACGGGCGGACGCCUGAGCAGCGAGCUCAUGGAGCGACCCCCCCAGCUCGGGCAGCCUCCAUCUCCCCUGCAAGGCGGCCGGGUGCAGAACCUGCUGCCGGGAUCCAGAGGAGAGCUGAAGUGCAGCAUCUCCUGCAGGCCCCCAGGCCUCCGCAACAGGGUCUGUGCAGCGCCAGCCACGCAACAUACCGCGGUGCUGGCAAUUGGUGCGCGGUAAUUAGGCAGCCCGGCAGCCCCCCUCUUUUAGGCGUGUUGGUGACACGCCAGAACAAUGGCAAAGGGAGCCGCUUCCCGUUAACCGUGGGCUUGGUAAGACAAAGCAUCACCCCAGCCCCGGCACAGCCCUCACCUGCAAGCGGGCCCGGGACGGGUUGCACCGUUCACACCCUUGUGAUCAACAUGUGCAAUGGUGCAAAUCAGGGAGACCCGGGGGUUGCCCAUGCUCAGCCCUGGGAACACACAGCUGCUGCCUGGCCUGGCCCGGGCUGGGCUGGCUCCGGUUCGGUAGCACGGGGCUGAGCUGCGCUGGCAGGCACCGGCGCGUGCGGCAAAGCCAAACGCGCCCUCGGGGAGGAGAUUCGGCAGCCGGGGAGCGCCGCAGGCACCGGCAGGGGGCAGCAAACCAUCCCGGGUGUAACUGCCCAGCCACGUUCCUGCCCAGCCCCACGCCUGCUGCGGGGAACGAGGCGAGGCAAGCCGGGGAUGCUGCGGGCAGGCCAACGCGGUCCCCGCCUUGCAGCUUUGUUCCGGUUCUGAGUCCGGCCCGCUCCGAGCUGCCAUUUACACGCGGCUCAGCGCCGGGUGCGCACCGAGACACCUCCCGCCCCCCAGCACCCACGGGGGCAGCCGGGACAAGCACCGCCCUUUGCUCGCUGCUGGGGCUGGUGGGGUGUCGGGCUGCUUUCAUCCACGCCCGUCACGCCGAGCGAAGGCAGACCCAGCUGCCCCUUCGGAGUGUCAGCGGGAAACGCCUCCUCCACCAGGAGCCGCCUGGCAAUCUGGAAAUUAACGUCCGAAACCGAUUCGUGCAUGCUAAUGCCCGGCCGCUAGACUGUUUGCAGCCGGAUUAUGGACGCGGCUGCAGGGGCAGGAAAGCCCGGGAAUCCCGUGCGGAGGGAACCGGCCCCAGGGGCAGGAUGGAGCCAGAGCCUAGAGAUGCGGGACUGGGGUUUGUCGUGUGGGUGCGAAGCACCAGCCGCUGGUGCUGGGGGAGGGACGCGGGCCCUCCCCGCGGCGGCGAAGUCAGGUCCGGCGGGUGCAAGAGGCCUCCAGCGCCCCGGCAGACAAAGGGCGAGGGAGACGGGGGCUCGUUCAGACGCCAGCGCCUGGGAUCGCGCACCCAGGCAGCGGGUGGGAGGUCCGCCCCGGGCACCUUCCCUGCAGAAGCGGGCGCCAGGGCAGGUCCCAUUAGGGCAAUUCCUGUCUUCUCCCCGCCGCCCAGUAACAGCCAGUACCGGGGGCUUCGGGCUAAUGGACGGCGAGCCCACACUCAGCGGCAGGCGGACGGGGACCGAGCCCGCCUUCCCCCGGGAAUCACGCGGGGAGAGAGAUGUCCCGGCUAUAAACAAAGCAAGGUGGAGAUUGCAGGGCGGACAUAACAAGGACACGUUUCUAUUUACAAAGUAUAUAUUUAAACUCACAUAAAAAGCAGGUAUUAUGUAGACAUUCACGGUUGGCAGAAGACACGUAUUUAAGCUUCACUUCGGAGACUGAGAUUUAGCCAGAUUUGUUUUUUUACAAGUCUUAGAAUUAAAUAACACACACACACACACACAUCCAAUAUAUAUGUCGAUAUGUACAUACACACAGGUAUGUCUAGCUUUAUAUAUGUGCGGAUCUAGACACAUAUAUAUUGAUACAGGUCUGGAGUGAAGAAUGCCAAAUUAAGAUCACACCCUGACUUUUAGAAUGAGGGGAGAGCUGCACUGUGAUCUCUUUAACAAGGGGAGGUAUUGUCCAGCCUUCAGAUAUAGAGGGUGGAGGAUAGGUAGAUAAAUCCACAUGGGAACAGACAUGUCCCAUGUAGGUUUAACCUGAAAACAGCAUCAAUAUUGUUACAUUCCUUGCUUCAGUUCUUUGUACAAACUAAGUUUAAAAUCUUGGUUUUACAAAAUAUUAUAUUAAAAAACACACAAGCAGCUCCCUCUGUACAGCGUAAACAGAGUCCCCUUGUUUAUUUUAUUGGAUGAAGGCGAAAGUCCCAAAGAUAGAAGGGAAAGGGGUCUAAAGAGGUAGGAGGUAUUAUUAUGGGCCUAAGAGCAGCAAAGGCUACUCCUGCCCCUUCCUCUUCCCAUCAGGCCCCAUGUGCUUCCAUCCUACCUGCAGUCCUAAGACCUUCACUGAGCCAAUCAGAGAAGAUGGGAAAGGCCAGGCUCCUUUUUCCCCGGCCCUUGGGGCUGCUGGACAGUUUUGUGCUUUUGAACCAACAAAGGUGCUUAAACCAACAUGUUAGGAGUGGAGAGCACCUGUUACACCUUAAAAAACAACCCCAACAUCUUCCCCCUUCUCCCAUAACAGGCUCAAAAAAAAAAAAUAAUCAACCUCUCCCUUAACUAGGUAAAGUUGGAAUAUGGAGUUCA